AUACUCUUAAAACAUCAGCAAAUUUCUAUCCAACUCUUAAUAACAUCUUCGGCUCUAUUUUAAAUAUUUGUACUCAUCUUUUUAGCAUGAAAUCCCAUACUGAGGAUUUUAUUCAUGACAUUUGUGAACCUAUGAUAGAAAAAUUUAAUAAGUAUUGGGAAGAUAGUGACUAG